UUUCAACUUUGGUUUCAAUUGAAACCAGCAUGAGCUCACCAAUGAGAUCACUGGAUUUUCUGAUCUCAUUGGUUGCCGGCCAAGAGUAGUUAGUGGAGACACCAGUUGAUGGCUCCCACAUCUACUUUGCGUUUGCGAAUUAUCGCGAAAACGUGCGGGACUCAAGCGGUUAAGAACAUUCAAAUGUUGUAUGACUAAAAACAAUUUUCAAGUUUAUUUUGGGUGAAUGAAAGCUGCUGUAACAUGGCUACUCACAAGGCGGCGGACUGGACGUGCGAUUAUUUUGUGGAGAAUCGAACAUCAUGCAAGAACUCUCUUGCAAAUAUCAACGAAUCGGGGGGAAUUCCUUCGCUGAAUUCUUCAGCUCUUCAUGACCUCAAGGAUGGGCAACUGGUGAGGUUCAGGGGAAUGAUUCAGGACAUGUACAAUCCUGAAUUUUAUUUUGAGAGGUAUGAGGUUAGGGACAACAGCAGUGGCGAGAGCAGUAUGCGGACUGGAAUGUACAGAGAUACUGCACUUUGCCAGGAGCACGAGGAUAUUCUCCUGGAGUCCGAAAACAACAAGAGUUCGGAAAGGCAGACGUUCGUAGUCAUAUCAGUCCCAGGCCUCAACGAAUGGGCUAAAGAAAAAUGCCAAAAUUACGCACAAGCUGUGGAUCAAUCUCCGCGUCUCUCCAGCAAACGUCCCCUCGAUCAAGAUGAUGAGGAGCCGAUGGACACGUCGGAGCCAGCGAAGAAGAAAGAAAGAGAAGAGUCGAAUGUCAAUCAAGUUGGGAAGGAAUCGUCAUUGCCAGAGAAUUUACUAAACUUUCCUAUUUCUAUAAAAAAUGGCAGAGCUUGUAUUGUUAAGGUUUACGAAGAAGAUGCCUCAUUCAAAUUGAAUCAAGUAGUGGAUGUCGUUGGCUUCAUAUCUCUGGAUCCGACGGUCCACACAAUUUGCGAUCCAGAAGAAUUCACUGACGAUGCGGAAAUUCGAGCCCACAAUCCACCCGCAUCGUUAAUUCCUCGGUUACACGCUAUCGCAAUCACUCAAUCAUCUGAAGAUUUACCUGUGGAAUCAUCGCUUCGACUAUUGCCCAGCGUUGGCGCCGUUAGGAGUGAUCUGCAUAAGGUUUUUAGUCAGAUUCUCUUCGGAGAUGAUUUAGCAGCAGAUUUCCUUAUUGCUCAUUUGUUAUCUAAAAUAUACAUGAGAAGAAACGAUUUAUGCUUGGGAAAUUAUCCUCUCAACAUAACUCAUUUCUCAGUUGAGAAAUUUCCCAAUUUUCCCAAAAGUUUUUAUAACUUGCUGACCGAAAUUGUCUCCAAGAGCCACUACUUUCUAUGCACACUGGAUAAUUUGAAUGAUGGCUGUCUCAUUCCAAAAAAGGAUUACGAGUGCAACCGAUUGACGAGUGGCACCCUCCAAUUGAGUAACAACACUCAUCUAGUGAUCGACGAGACUAAACUAACAGCUGGCAAACUCUCCCAAGAGGGAAGAAAGAACUACCAAGCAAUCGACAAUUUGUUGACUCUCCAGAAAGUCACCUACGAUUUCAAAUUCUACACGAUGGAAUACGAAAUGGACAUUCCGGUUCUGAUACUAUCGGAAACCAAAUCCUUCCUCCCAUGCAUGGUUCAAGUGCCUUUGAACAUCGAUUCAGACAUUGAGAAUCGAUAUCCCCAAGUUCUUCAGCUCGUAGAGCAGUUCCUGAAGGAUGAAGAUCGAUUAAAUGAUGUGCGAAAAUAUUUCAAGCAGUUGCAACUGCUGGAUUUUCAGAUCGACCAGGCCAUUGCAGAUACGAUUCAAGAGGAUUUUGUGAAAUUGCGCCAAUUGGACGAUAAAAUAAACGCAGACAAUCUCCAUUCGUUGAUGGUUCUCGCCAGGUUGAUGGCCCUGUCCCACGGGGAAAGUUCAUUAACUCUCGAACGCUGGAGGGACACUUUCAAGAAGGAACUUGAACGUUUGGCGAGAUUGCGCAAACGAGCAAAAUGAAAAACCUCCAAAAAACCCCAUUCUUUCAACUUUAGCUUCAUUAAAACUUUUUUAUACAAAAAAACGUCCUUUUUCUACUCAGUUACGUUAAAAUGCAUUCAAUUAAAGAGGUACUGUAUUUUCGGUUGUGUAAUUGCUCAACUUCAGUUCUCACGGGUGAGAAAUGAAGCCAGCAUCACUGUUUCUGCAGAUCUUGCUGUUUCUGAAGAAUUAUUUUCGUUUGAAAAUAACAUUCAGGGUAAUUUAUUCAUCAACUGAACUUGUGAAUGAGUUGUGAACAGAAGUAUUAUGUUACAUAAGUUUGGAAUAAAGUUUUUGUAUUUCA